AAGCGCCUCAUUUUUCUCAUGCUUUUCGAUCAGCUUGAUCUUGAAUUUUUCGAACGUCUCGUCGCCCCCGUUGAAGACAACAUUCUUCUCGUAGUUCCACCCCUUCUCAGCAAGGUCGAAAAGAGAUGGGAUUUCUGUCUUCUACAUUCCCAGGAACGGGUUACACUUGUCAAUAGGAGUCCCAGAGUUGCAGAACACGACAAUGCGCUUGACCUUGGGCCGUAGCUUGGGCCGUAGGAGCGCCAUGAUCCCCAAAUUAUCAGUGAGGCCACAAUCAUCAAAGUCGUGCUCAUAUACGUCAAAAUCUUGAGGGCUCCGAGGGCUCCAGUACUUAAACUCGGGAAAACAAGCUAACUUGUCGGCAACGAAGUGGAAGUUUCCGAUCCAUGUCCAAACGAUCUCAGCUGGCGCGGCUCUGCUGGUGCAGAAAAGGUGAACUUGAGGAUCCGAUCACACUCACGAAGACUCACUGUGACAAGGCUUUUGUCAGCAUCAUAGUGAUGAGGCUUCUCGGAGUCAAAGAGGUGAGGAGCAAUAUAUCCGCCUCCAAUCGGACGGCCCUCAGGGCCAGCAUUGGGAUGGAAGGCGCCCGAGCCGACAUAUAGUGGUGUCAUCUCGAAGUGGUAGCGGGCUGGCUUCGGGUAGAAGAAGUUGAGCAACUUUGCCUUUCCUUUGCGUCGAGUGAGGAUAGUCCCGUCGAUCAGAAGGUACGGGCGAUAGUCAUAACCCUUGAUGCCCUUGACGGUGUAAAAAUCUCUCUCCUGCAGCUUCGCAUUAGUAUUAUACUGAAGAAUCUCCCUAACGGUAGCCUGGUCCAGCGAGAAAAACUUCUCUGGGUCAAAAAGUCCGAAGGGCUUCAGGAAGAUACGCCCGACCGCCCUAGAAUAACGCUCGUCGCUCUCCUGGGGGGGUUUCUUGAACCAGCGUUCGAUGAAGCCUGAAUUCGAAAUCGCCUCCGCCAAACUCCCCUUGUCUGGCUCUCGCUUCAGCUCACAGGCUUCGAUGUCCAUCGGCUCCUCCCAUUUUCCAAAGAAGC